AUGAAUGUUAUCAUCGAUCAUCGUGGAAAUUUGAACAUCUUGAAAUCGACCGGAGAAAGGGGUGAACAUGUUACUUUCGCCGCCGAGCAAGACUUGAUCAUGGUGCUUGGAUCCUAUCAACAGAAGGCCCAAGAGAUUGGUACUGAAACUUCAGACUGUAAAUACUGGUUGAGUAACUCUCAGUUGUGCCUGUCUUCGACAAUAUCACCUUCAUCUCAAUCUCAAGGACAUCGACCUUCUCGGGUUAAGAUCGCACUUUCAAUCGACUUUGAUGCCCUGUCACACUGGCUUGGGAGCAGUGCACACCCUGAUAAUAAGAUGUCUGACUAUGCCUAUGGUAUUUUCUCUGGACAAAUUGGUGCAUUCCGUGUACUUGAUUUGUUGAAAAAGAACAACUUGGAAGACAAAGUGACAUGGUUUAUUCCCGGUCAUACGAUGGAGACUUUUCCUGAUGCCACCCGUGCAAUCAUUGAGUCUGGAGCCGAAAUAGGACUCCAUGGAUAUACGCAUGAAGACAUAUACUCACUAUCAGAGGAACAAGAAAGAGAUGUUCUUCUGAAAUGUGUUGAACUUGCCACAACACUUACGGGUAAAAGGCCGGUCGGGUACCGCUCUCCAGUUUAUACGCUCAGAGAGAGCACUUUGCAAAUUCUCCGUGAAAAUGGAUUUCUUUACGAUUCAUCACUGUCUCAACAUGACUCUCAAGUAUCCUUUGCUCCUACUGACCCACCACUCAAACCAAUUGACCUGUCUCAGCCAGCUGCAUCAUGGAUGCAGCCCACGACCUUCUCUCCUCGCGAAUAUUCCCAUGACCAACCAAAGCUUGUUGAGAUCCCUACUGGAUUUUAUAACGAGGAUAUGAUGCCCAUGACAUUCUUUCCUACCUUUCCGAACAGCAAGGGGUGGGUUUCAACUCGUCUUGUGGAACAAAUGUGGAAGGACAAGUUUUUGUGGCUAUUAGAAAACAGCAAGGGUUCUGAUGGAUUGCCUGACUUUGUUUUUCCGGUUCUUUUACAUCCAGACUGUAGUGGUAUGGCGCACAUAAUCGGUAUGAUAGAUCGAUUUGUGCAGUGGCUGCAAUCAUUUGGGAGCGCUGUUGAAUUUUGUACCCAUAAAGAAAUUGCAACUUCGUGGUUGGAGGAAAGGAAGAUUGAAGCUGAUUUGAAAUGA